AUGCUCAGGACCCUGGGGCUGGCCCUGCUGCCUCUGCUCAGCACCGUGGGCUCCAGCCAGGCCAGCGGCUUCACAGACAAAGGCCUGUCCUUGCUGAGCUACCAGCUGUGCAACUACAGCGUGACCCAAAAUGUCCAGAAAGUGGAGGCCGUCCGGAUGUCCCAUGUGACCUACGCCCCCUGCGGCGGGUGGAUCCCAUGGAGGCGGUGCCCCAAGACCAUCUACAAGACCCGGUACCUGGCCGUGGACGUCCCUGAGUCCAGGAACGUGACCGACUGCUGCCAGGGCUACGAGCAGCUGGGCCUCUACUGCGUCCUGCCCCUGAAUCGGUCCGGGGAGUUUGCAUCAAGACCCGGCGUCUGCCCGCAGGAGGGGCAGGGAGCAUCCACCGCGCCGUGUACCCUGGACGCCGACUGCCCUGGACUUCAGAAAUGCUGUUCCUUUUCGUGGGGCCACCGCUGUGUGGCUCCUGCACCCCAAGCUCGAGAGGGGACUUCGGUGCAUUCCUGGUACAACGUGACCGUCCUGGUGAAAAUGGACUUCGGGGAACUCCAGCAGGUGGACGCCAGGCUGCUGGAUCACAUGCGGCUGCUGCACUCCAUGGUGACCAGUGCCCUGCGGCCGAUGGACGCUGCUGUCUACCACCUGCACUCGGCCUGUGGGGACACCUCGACCACAGUGUCGUGGCUGCUGCUGGGCCUGCCGCGGUCAGUGCCCGUGGCCAACGUGUCCACAGUGUUGGACGGCAUCGUGAAGCGUGUCUAUGAGGUGAUCAACAUCCAGGUGCAAGAUGUGAACGAAUGUUUGCAUAAGGAGCUCAACGCCUGCUCUGGAAGGGAACUGUGUUUAAACACGGAGGGCUCAUACCGGUGUGUCCGCCACCCAGAGGCGCCGGCCUCGUCUCCGCAGGAGCUGGACGGCACGUGUGAAGACGGCCCUCCCAUCACAGACUAUAUGAUCCUCAAUGUCACCAGCAGCAGCUUUCAAGUGUCCUGGGGUUUAAGUUCCACCCAGAACCGCACCUUCCACGUGCAGAUUUCCAGGGGCGAGGAGCCGCUCAGGAGUGCCAGGACCCAGGCGACGACCCUGGAGGUGACGGGGCUGGAGGCCGGGGUGCUGUACUGGGUGAAGACCAGCUACCAGGCCUGCAGGACCAAUGUCACCGCCACGCUGACCGUCAGAACCGAGGCCCGUGUGUUUGGAGUCACGGUGAGGAUCCUGAACCGCACCCUGACCGAGCCGCUGCUGGACCGCGGCAGCCCCGAGUACCGGGACUUCUCCCGGCAGCUGCUUCAGGAGGUUGAAAGUGCCUUCCCGCCGGCGGUGUCAGACCUGUGCAAAAGGGGGAAGCUGAGGCUGCAGAUCGUGUCCCUCCAGGCCGGGAGCGUGGUCGCGAAGCUCAGAGUGACGGUGCAGGACCCCGAGUUCCCCGUGGGUGUCUCCACGCUGGCCCCCAUGCUCCCACGGCUAUGGGCAAGCACAGUGUUCCAGAUUGACCAGAGGGGGACGCUGGUGCAAGACUGGGACGAGUGUGCCAACAGCCUGGAGCACGACUGCUCGCCGGCCGCCCAGUGCCUCAACCUGGAGGGCUCCUACACCUGCCGGUGCCUGACGGCCAAGGACGCCAACCCCUCCCGAGCUGGCCGGGCCUGCGUGGGUGACAUGGCGAACCCCCUGGAAGGUGCGCUGUCCCUGGCGACAAGGGCAACAGCCCCAGCUGUCAGCUCAGAAACAACAGCCCUUGGCCUGGAGACCCCUGCCUUGUCCCCCAGUCCUGGGCACUUGUGGGGCACCCCUGCAGCAGGCCAGGCCCAGACCCCAGGGCCUCCGCCCAGGAGAGGGGACAGUGGCAUGGUCGGGCAGGACAGGAACAGCACGGGGCAAGGCGUGGAGGAGGCGGCAACCGGCGAGGCCCCAGGUCUGGGGAUGAGCCAGUGGACAGCCAGCAGGGAUCCCAGGCCAACCCGCAGCUCCCUCCCCGGGCCCACGGGCGGCCCGGUGGAGGCCUCUGGAUGGUUGCUGAGAAACUCCACUGCAGAGUCGCACGCCCGGCCCAGCCCCGCUGAGGGCCCUCCUGGCCACGUGUGGCACACCAGCCUCCCCACGCGGGGCACAGCGCCUGCACCUCUGGACCCUACAUGGCCUCAGAACACAGACCCUGGACACUCCGGCUCCCCAGACCUGCCCUUGGCCUCCAACCCCACGUCCCUGAAGACCCCGGCCUGUGUUCCUGCCCCCAUCGGAAGGGUCACGGUCUCCAAUGUGACCAGCACCGGCUUCCACGUGGCGUGGGUGACAGAUCUCGCCCCGCGCCCCACUUUCCAGCUCACCCUGAUGUCCACGCAGAGCCCCGCCGUGCACCUGGAGAUGCGGAACACGAGCCUGCAGCUGUGGGGCCUGGAGCCCGGUGUCUUGCACCUGGUUGAGAUAGUGGCCAAAGCAUGUGGGGAAGAAAGUGCCAGGGCACACCUGAAAGUGAGGACAGCCGCCCGGAAGCUCAGUGGGAAAGUCAGAAUAGCCAAUGUCAGGUAUUCCGAAUCCUUCCGCAACGCCAGCAGCAAGGAAUCCCAGGACUUCCUAGAGCUAUUCUUCAGGAUGGUGCGCGAGUCCCUGUCACCCACCAUGCGCCAGCACCUGGACGCGGGCGGGGUGCGGGUGGAAGUGACCCGCAUCGCCAACGGCAGUGUCGUGGUGGAGUUCAGCCUGCUGAUCGUCGCGGACUUGGAGGUCCAGGUGGUGUCUGCCGCGUUCCUCGCUGCCUUUCAGAACGCCUCUCUGUUGGAGGUGGUCGGAGGGGACGCCUUCAUCGGGGAUUUCGAUGAGUGUGAGAGCAGGGAGGACGACUGCGAGCCCGGCACAGCCUGUCGCAACACUCUCGGGUCUUUCACCUGCAGCUGUGUGGGAGCUGCCCCCGACUUCCCCGUAGAAUAUUCUGGAAGACCCUGUGAAGGUGACUCUUCUGGUAACACAACCCAGGCCCCCGGGUCUUCCGUGGGCCCCGGCCCAGAGCAGCCCCCCACCCCCGCAGAAACCAGGGCGGCCUCCGUGCAAGGGGCCAGCCCGGCGCCCCAGGACCCACCCCCGCGGCUGAACCUGACGGGAGCGGUCAGGGUGCUCUGCGAGAUCGAGAAGGUGGCCAUUGCCGUCGAGAGGCGCUUCCUGCGGCAGGAGUCCAUCCCCGAGUCCUCCCUGUACCUGGGGCACCCGUCCUGCAACGUGAGUGACAGCAACAGCACACACGUGUUCCUGGUGGCCGCGUGGAGCGAGUGCGGCACCCUCGUGCAAAGCAACAUGACGAACACAGUGGUGAGGACCACGCUGAGGAACGACCUGUCCCCCGAGGGCAUCAUCCACCACCUGAAGAUCCUGAGCCCCAUCCGCUGUGCCUUCCGCAACGAUCUCCUGACGUCAUCGGGCUACACCCCGGAGUGGGGGGUUUACACCAUCAUUGAGGACCUCCAUGGCGCUGGAAAUUUUGUCACAGAAAUGCAGUUGUUUAUUGGGGACUCUCCUAUACCUCGGAAUUAUAGCGUGUCUGCCAGCGACGACAUCAAGAUCGAAGUGGGGCUCUAUAAACAGAAAAGCAACCUCAAGGUGGUCCUGACCGAGUGCUGGGCAACGCCGUCCAGCAACGCCAGGGACCCGGUCAUGUUUGGCUUCAUCAACAACAGCUGCCCCAUCCCCAACACGCAUACCAACGUGAUUGAGAAUGGGGACUCCAACAAGGCCCAGUUUAAGCUGAAAAUUUUUUCCUUCAUCAACAACUCCAUAGUCUACCUGCACUGCAAACUCCGCAUCUGCAUGGAGACCCCCGGAGCCACGUGCAAAAUCAAUUGCAAUGACUUUCGGUCGCUGAGAAGUGGUGAACCAUCGGAAACACACCAGAUGUCCUGGGGACCCCUCAUUCGGUCUGACGGCGAGUCUCCAGAGGUGAAGCCGGGCCUGGGACCCGGCUACAUCGUCCUCAUCGUGGUGGCUGUCUUUGCCGCGGUGACAGGGGCAGCUGCCCUUCUCAUUGUGCGCUACCAGAGAGUGACCGGGAAGUACAACUUCAAAACCCAGCCGGACAACUUCAGCUACCAGGUGUUCCAGGACUAGGAGUCCUGGCUGCGCUGAAGGUCGCCGUGAAUCAAGCUCGGUUCUUCAUUCAUCAAACAUUGACGGACGCCUACUCUGUCCCACACUUGGAUGAGCCCCAGAGAUGAUGAAAACAUAACCUCUGCCCGCCCCCAGGAGGCCUGUAGGUUCCAGACAAGCAGGCCGGUGAGAGGAGCUGAUGGAGAAGUUGGCGAUGCCCGGAGCUCAGACACAGGGAUCUUCAAACCCGGCAUGGACACAGCUCUGCCAUCACCCGGUCACCUCCACAACCCCGGAGCUCCCAGACCCUUCACCAUCUAAUUUUGUCCACGUGGCCCUUCCUGGUUUUGCUCCCCCUUGACAUCCAUCCAUUCAUCCAUCCAUCUUUCCAUUCAUCCAGCCAGCCAGCUAUCUGGUACUCUUUGUCAAAUACGUAAUAUUCCUAAUUUUCAAAGAUAUUUGACAAUACACUUGAAGUUAGUUUUUUAACAAUAGGUCAGUAAUAAAUAUAUUGUUUAGUAGACGUCAUGCUCUUAACUUUCCUCCUGCAUUACCAGGAUAUUAUUUUAUUCACACAGUGGUGACUCAAAAGACACUCUAUUAAUAUGAAAAUCUUUAUAAUAAGUAGAAAUAACAUAAUAUAUAUUACUCUUUUAUAUUUUUCCAUUUUCUCAGCCAUUCCAAUAUAAUCCUACUACAGGGGAGGUACCCUUUAACCAUUACACAAUGGGAAACCAGAGAAGAAAUGGGGGAGCUAUUUACUUAAGGUCACAACAUGAAUUCAUGAGGAAAUCAGUCUAGAAUCUAAAUAGCUUAGUUUAGAAUUUUCUUCUUUACACCACGCUAACAGAUAAUGCUUGUUACUUUAUUUAAAGCAAAUUGAACUGUAUUUGAUAGUUAACACCUGAAUGUAUAGUGUUUUUCCUGGAUGAACUUGGAAUUGUAACAUGAUCUUUAGAUCUUAAUUCAUGAGAUUAAUUUUGUUGACUAUAAUGAACUACCACUAACAGAAACAUUUGGGAAAAGUGGGAUUUUUGAUGUAUUGGAUAUUCUCAGAGUCAGUAAAGAGUUACGAUGUGCACUGUGGUGGGUAACUAGUUUCGAACAA